UCACCUCAAAAUGCCAUUAGAGAAAGCAACUUCCUUUUUUUUCUCUCUCUCUCUCUCUCUCUAGAUUUCUCUCAAAGAGUAUCUAAUCUCUCUUUCCUUCUUUCCAAUAUUAUCAUGCGUUUCAUCGAAAUUCGGUAAAUUUUCAUCUUUCAAAUUCCGAUCUCUUUUAGCUUUUGAGAGAAACUUCAAAAAUGGCAUCUGGAUUCUCCGGCGGCGGCGGUGGAGGACCGGAGUUUUUCGGCGUCGGUGGUAGAUCUAUGCCUGGAGGUCCCGGAACAGUCAUAAACGCCGGGAACAAUAAUCCUCAGCCGUCGACGUAUAGGAACCAGAUUCCCGGAAUAUUCCUCGAUCAGAUCGGAAACAGAGUCUCCGGCAGCCAUGGAAUCGCCGGAAAACGGACAUUAGCAGAUUUCCAAGCGGCUCAGCAACAGCUACAUCAGCAGCAGUCGUUUCAUAAUCAAGCAGCUAUCAACGCGUUUCUUCUAAGGUCCGUGAAGCCUAGAACUUUCCAGAAUCUUCAGUCGCCGACGCCGACGACGAUCGAUCUCACUUCCGUUAACGAUAUGAGUUUGUUCGGUGGUUCAUCUCAGCGUUACGGCUUACCGCUUCUUCCGAAUCUCAGGUCGCAGCAGCAGCAGUUAUUUGGUGGGGUCCGAAUGGGAUUCGGGUCGGGUAAUCAGACUUUAUCCGGUGUACCGUGUAUUGAACCGGUUCAGAAUCUAAACCGGGUUGAGGAAUCGGAUAACAUGCUGAAUAGUUUAAGAGAGCUUGAGAAACAGCUUUUAGACGACGACGACGACGAGAGUGACGCAAAAGGCGGUGAUGAUGACGUGUCUGUUAUUACCCAUUCAAACAGCGAUUGGAUACAAAGCCUCGUGGCUCCGAAUCCGAACCCGAACCCGGUUUCUUCUUCUUCCCCGAGCUCUUCUUCCUCGUCUUCUUCGCCUUCUACAGCUUCGACGACGACGCAGGUAUGUUCGAGGCAGACCGUGAUGGAAAUCGCGACGGCGAUCGCGGAAGGGAAGACGGAGAUAGCGACGGAGAUCCUGGCGCGUGUUUCUCAGACGCCGAAUCCGAGGAGGAAUUCCGAGGAGAAGCUUGUUGAUUUCAUGGUGACGGCGCUUCGAUCGCGGAUUAAUCCGGCUGAGAUUCCUUCUCCGGCGACGGAAUUGUACGGAAAGGAACAUCUAAUCUCGACUCAAUUGCUCUACGAGCUUUCUCCUUGUUUCAAACUCGGUUUCAUGGCGGCUAAUCUCGCCAUUCUCGACGCCGCCGGUAACAACGACGACGGCGAGGGGAUGACGAUGCACGUUAUCGAUUUCGACAUCGGUGAAGGUGGACAGUACGUGAACCUCCUCCACGAGCUCUCCACGCGCCGGAACGGUAAUAAUCCACCGGUGGUUAAAAUCACCGCCGUUACGAACAGCAGCGACGGGUUUUCGGUCGUUGCAGACGGUGGAGAGGAUAGGUUAACAGCCGUCGGAGAUCUUCUGAGUCAACUCGGUGAUCGACUCGGUAUCUCCUUGAGGUUCAACGUGGUAGCGAGUCAAAGACUCAGCGAUCUGAGCCGUGAAUCGCUCGGAUGCGAUCCCGACGAGCAUUUAGCCGUGAACUUGGCUUUCAAGCUCUAUCGUGUUCCCGACGAAAGCGUAUGCACGGAGAAUCCAAGAGACGAGCUUCUCCGGCGCGUGAAGGGACUCAAGCCGCGCGUGGUGACAAUCGUGGAGCAAGAGAUGAAUUCCAACACGGCGCCGUUUUUAGGAAGAGUGAGCGAGUCGUGUGCGUGUUACGGUGCAUUGCUUGACUCGGUCGAGUCGACCGUUCCAAGUGUUAACUCGGACCGAGUCAAAGUCGAGGAAGGUAUCGGCCGGAAGUUGAUAAACGCGGUGGCGUGUGAAGGCAUCGAGAGGAUUGAGCGGUGUGAGGUGUUCGGGAAAUGGCGGAUGCGGAUGAGCAUGGCCGGGUUUGAGUUGAUGCCAUUGAGUGAGAAGAUAGCUGAGUCGAUGAAGAGUCGACUCAGUAACGGAAACCGAGUUCACCCGGGUUUUACCGUUAAGGAAGAUAACGGAGGCGUUUGCUUUGGUUGGAUGGGACGGACACUCGCUGUCGCAUCUGCUUGGCGUUAAUUUCACACACUUUUUUUUUUUAUCUUUCAUCUUAUUAUUACCAUAUUAUUACUGUUGUUAUAUUAAUUUUUCGGGAUAUUUCUGAUAUUUGUUAUCAUUGUGAUUUUCCAUUUCGAAGUGUAUUAAUAUAAAAAUGGAGGAUCGGAGGAGAAAAAGGAAAGGUUAGGAAUCUUAUGUAACAAAGAAAAAGGGCUUUUAAUAUUUUAGUACUAAUAAAUAAAACGAAAAGAGUGAUUGCGUU